AUGUUAAGUUUUGAAUAGUUCAUUUUGAAUAUUGAAAGAUGCAGUGAAAACUAAAUCUUCCAAACAUAAUAAAGGAUGGAUUAUAUGAAAUACUAAAAAGUGCAUUAUCUAUGCAAUUCAGGAUGCCUUUCAAAUUUUAUCCAGUUUUAAAUGAAUAAAGUCUUAAUGCAAUAAACAUAUUUUCAUGAUUAUCUAGUUAUCAUGAUCUAAUAACUUGAAAGUGGAAUUAAGGUAUUCAAUCUUAAAAAUAUGUUUAGAAUAUGCUGAAUUUAGUGAUAAGUUUAAAGAGAGAAGAACUUAAUUUGUUUUAUUGA